CAGCCGCUGCCCUAAAAUCUUUGACGGCGCCAUCGGCUCAAGCUAUUUAUUUUUCACAAAUCCAAAGAAAAAACAAAAAGGUUUUCGUUGUGUAAAAAAAUGUCCUAUCAAUUAUAUCGCAAUACAACCUUGGGAAAUACGCUGCAGGAAAGCCUUGAUGAAUUAAUUCAGUAUGGACAAAUAACUCCUGGAUUGGCUUUUAAGGUCCUGUUGCAGUUUGACAAAUGUAUUAACAAUGCUCUGAGCCAACGUGUCAAGGCUAGAGUCACAUUUAAGGCUAAUAAACUCAAUACCUAUCGCUUUUGCGACAAUGUAUGGACACUUAUGUUAAAUGAAGUGGAAUUCCGUGAAGUUCAUGAGUUUGCCAAAGUAGAUAAAGUGAAAAUUGUUGCCUGUGAUGGCAAAAGUGGCGAAUUCAACUAGGAUGGCCAAAAUCAAACAAUUUUAUCCUAGUGUGAAUAAUUAUCCUAAUUUUAAUUGCAUAAUUCAAAGACAUCUAAAACCAACAUAUUUCGCAUUUCAUGUGAGAUCGUUUAGCAUUACAUGGGGCCAUGGUGGCUCUUGGGGGAAAAGGAGGGACGCAGCGCAUACAUAGGUAACAUUUUAGUUAUACAUUUAUUAUUUCUGAUAUUGAGGUAGUAUAGUAACUUCUGGAAAAUUGGUUUCGAAAUACGGAUCGAACAUGGACAACGGCAUCAUAUAUACCAACCACCAAUCAUUAAAUCGUUUACACCGAUGAAAUACAACGUAGUUUAAGUUUUUCUAAAUAAACAUAAAUUAAAGAGCAA